CCCACAACACAUUUCAAGUUUCAACCAUAUCAUCGUUCAGUCAUCCAAAUUCUUCUCUCCAGUCUUCACGAUUCCUACCUCCCCGGAAAAUUUUCCAGAAUUUAGCCCUCCGGAAUUCUGCUGCAAUAGAGAAUUUCUAGGGCAGUUUGAUGGCCUCAAACGCUGAUGAUUUGGACCAGCUCUUAGACAGUGCUUUGGAUGAUUUUCAGACCCUGAAUGUCAGUUCAUCUCAAAGAAACGAAGAGAAAAAGGAAAAAGAAGAGAAACCAUGUUUACCCGCAAAUGUUCAAGGGUUAGGGUUAGGGUUGCCUGAUUUGAAGUCCAAAAAAAAGGGUAAACAAAAGGUUCCUAAUCCUACAGAUUCGCAUGUCUCUGAGACUCUAGAUAAGCUCAGGCAGCAAACAAGGGAGGCAGUUAAGAAUAUGGAGUCGAUUUCCGGGGCUCCGAAAGCAGGGGAGGAUUUGGGUAAGGACGCAAUGAUGGAGGAUUGGGUUAAACAGUUUGAGGAGCUUGCUGGUUCUCAGGAUAUGGAGUCCAUUGUAGAGACAAUGAUGCAACAGCUCUUGUCCAAGGAUAUCCUCUACGAGCCCAUGAAAGAAAUUGGAGAAAGAUAUCCAAAAUGGUUGGAGGAGCAUAAAUCUAGUUUGAGUGAUGAAGAUUAUACACGUUACUCUCACCAGUACGAGCUUAUACAAGAGCUGAAUGGAGUUUAUGAUAGGGACCCUGGUAACUUCUCCAAAAUUGUAGAGCUCAUGCAGAAAAUGCAAGAAUGUGGCCACCCACCAAAUGAUAUUGUGCAUGAGAUUGCUCCCGACUUUGAUUUAGCAACCCUCGGCCAAAUAUCACCGGAAAUGCUAGAGGCUCAACAAAAUUGCAGUAUAAUGUGAAUGUGAGAUCGACACAUAACAGCUUUUUGCUUUGCGUUUUAGUUACUUUCUUCCAAAUGUUUGUUGGCAAUGGUAUGCCUUAAACUUUGAUCUGUAACUAAAUUUUCUAUUAUUUGGCAGAAAAUCUCAUAUCCUAAUAUUUGAGUAAUUAGGAGUACCAAGUUUCUUGUUCGACCA